UGGGUCUGGGAGCCAGAGGGCUGCUACGGAUUUAGCAGCAGUCUUUUCGGGUCUACAUUACACCCAGCUAUACUGGUGCCUGGUGCACUCCCAGGGUAUGCUAGUAGUGGAGGAUAACAUUUCAUAAUGUGGUUCAAACUCAGGGCUGCAACGUUUUAGAGAAGACUUCCAGUCACAGAUGCAUGUCAUCCAUUUAAUGAAACUUCUAAGAUGAAAUGCAAAAAUAAAACUAAACAUCCAUUGACUCUUAGAUAUGUUUACAAUGUACUGUAACAUAUCUUUAUGUUACCAAUUUAUAAAAAGUAAAGAGUAAUAGUUAGGCACUUAGUAUCUGCAACCAUGACAUUUCUUAGAUGAACUGGAGCACCACAGGAGAUUUUUCUUCAUGGCAUAUUCAUACCUCGCUCUGCCUACAAUCACACAUAUUUCCUUCAUCAAAAGUUUUGUCAUCAGAUAUCACUUCUUCCAGAAUGGCAAAUAAUCUGCCUACAGAGUUUGAUGUGGUUAUAAUAGGGACAGGUUUGCCUGAGUCCAUCCUUGCAGCAGCAUGUUCCAGAAAUGGUCAGAGUGUUCUGCAUAUUGAUUCUAAAUGCUAUUAUGGAGGAAACUGGGCUAGUUUCAACUUUCCAGGAUUGCUCUCUUGGCUGAAGGAGUAUCAGCAAAACACUGACACUGGAGAAGAAAAUAGCUCUCUUUGGCAAGAUCUGAUCCAUGAAACAGAAGUAGCCAUUGCACUUUGUAAGAAGGAUGAAACCAUUCAACACACAGAAGUUUUUUGUUAUGCUAAUCAGUCUUUGGAUGACAGUAUAGAAGAGAACAAUUCUUCACAAAGAAAUACUUCAGAGUCAUCUAGCAUCCUUACUAAAGCUAUAGAUUCUGCAUACUUGUCUGAAGAAACACAGUCAGAACUCAUGACCUACAAAAUGCCUACUAGAGAUGAUCUGGAAAGCAGUAGGGAAAUUGACCCAGAAGUAACUAAUGUAGAGGAGACCCUAACAAAAGAAACAAAUUGUAUUGAUAACACUUUUACACAGAUAGUUUCAGGUGAAGAUAAAGAUGAAAACAAAUCUACAGCUGAAGACAGUAAUGACCAACCAAAGAGGAAUUGUAUUAAUUACUCUCAGAUAAUUAAAGAAGGUAAGAGGUUUAAUAUAGAUUUGGUAUCAAAGCUGCUAUAUUCUCAAGGGCCACUAAUUGACCUUUUAAUCAAGUCAAAAGUUAGUCAUUAUGCAGAAUUUAAAAAUGUCACUAGAAUUCUUGCAUUUCGAGAAGGAAAAGUAGAGCAGGUACCUUGUUCCAGAGCUGAUGUUUUUAAUAGCAAAAAACUGACUAUGAUUGAAAAGAGAAUGCUGAUGAAAUUUCUUACGUUUUGUUUAGACUAUGAACAACAUCCUGAUGAAUACCAAGCUUUCAUGCAUUGUUCAUUUUCAGAUUAUUUAAAAAGUAAGAAAUUAACCGCUAACCUCCAACAUUUUAUACUACACUCAAUUGCAAUGACAGAAUCAUCUUGCUCUGUAUUAGAUGGUCUCAAAGCAACAAAAAACUUUCUUCAGUGUCUUGGACGAUUUGGCAACACUCCUUUUUUAUUUCCCGUGUAUGGCCAAGGAGAAAUUCCCCAGUGUUUCUGCAGGAUGAGUGCAGUGUUUGGUGGAAUCUAUUGUGUUCGCCAUAAAGUACAAUGCCUUGUGGUUGACAAAGAAUCUGGAAGAUGUAAAGCAAUUAUAGAUCACUUUGGUCAAAGAAUAAAUGCAAAAUAUUUUAUUGUGGAGGAUAGUUAUUUUUCGGAGGAAACGUGCUCAAAUGUACAAUACAAGCAGAUUUCCAGGGCAGUGCUCAUUACAGAUCAAUCUGUUUUAAAGACAGAUUCAGAUCAGCAGAUAUCCAUUUUGGUAGUGCCUCCAGUAGAACAAUCAACCUGUUCGGUUCGAGUCACAGAAUUAUGUUCCUCAACCAUGACAUGUAUGAAUGGUACCUAUUUGGUACAUUUGACUUGCUCAUCUUCUAAAACAGCAAAAGAAGACUUAGAACCAGUAGUGAAGAAAUUAUUUACCCCAUGUUCUGAAACAGAGAUGGAUCAGGAAGAAUUUACGAAGCCAAAAGUUUUGUGGGCUCUUUAUUUUAAUAUGAGAGAUUCUUCAGGAAUAAGCAGAAGCUUAUAUAAUGGCUUACCUCCCAAUGUUUAUGUCUGCUCUGGACCUGACUGUAAGCUGGGAAGUGAACAUGCAGUUAAACAAGCUGAAGCACUUUUUCAGGAGAUCUUUCCAGGUGAGGAAUUCUUCCCCCCACCUCCAAAUCCCGAAGACAUUAUUUUUGAUGAUGAAGAGAAGUAACCACAGACUUCUGGAACCAAUAGUGAAAUGAUGUCCAGAUUAUUAUCCUUUGAGGGAAGCCAAAAUCUAGAAGCCCCCCCCCCAAAUAAAAGACUAAUCAACUUUUCAAAAUUAGAAAUAAAAGUUAUUUCAAACUUUCAUUU